UAGGUGAGAAAUCCUGAGGAGGAGGCAACGGCGAAAGCGAUUGGUCGGCCGCCCGAGGGCGAGAGAAGGGGUUGGAGCCAAUGGCGGCGUCGGAAGGGCGGACUGACGGGACGGUGGGUGGGGCCAAGGCGCUGGCCGCUGAGAAUUGGAAGAUGGGGAAGAAAAGCAGAGUGAAAACUCAGAAGUCGGGUACUGGAGCUACUGCAGUGGUCUCGCCGAAAGAAAUGCUGAAUCUAAUUAGUGAAUUAUUACAGAAAUGCAGCAGUCCAACUGCAGGUCCUGGAAAGGAGUGGGAAGAAUAUCAGCAGAUUCGAGCGCUUGUUGAGAGAAUCCGCAAAAAACAGAAAGGUUUGUCUGUCACCUUUGAUGGAAAAAGAGAAGAUUAUUUUGCUGAGCUAAUAAAGUGGGCUGGAGAGAAUGGUGCAUCCACAGAGGGUUUUGAAGUGGCCAACUUUAGUGAAGAGGGCUUUGGUUUGAAAGCUACAAGAGAGAUAAAAGCUGAAGAACUUUUUCUCUGGGUUCCUAGAAAAUUGCUGAUGACUGUGGAGUCGGCUAAAAAUUCAGUCUUAGGGUCCUUGUAUUCCCAAGACCGAAUUCUCCAAGCCAUGGGUAACAUCACAUUAGCAUUCCAUCUUCUUUGUGAACGAUACAACCCUAAUUCUUUCUGGCUGCCUUACAUCCAGACUCUCCCAAGUGAAUACAAUACCCCACUUUACUUCGAAGAAGACGAGGUUCAGUAUCUUCAGUCAACUCAGGCGAUUCAUGAUGUUUUCAGCCAAUAUAAAAAUACUGCUCGACAGUAUGCCUAUUUCUACAAAGUUAUUCAGACCCAUCCUAAUGCCAGCAAACUGCCGUUAAAGGAUUCUUUCACUUAUGAUGAUUACAGAUGGGCAGUAUCAUCUGUCAUGACGCGACAAAACCAGAUUCCUGCUGAGGAUGGUUCCCGGGUUACCUUGGCCCUGAUUCCUUUAUGGGAUAUGUGUAAUCACACCAAUGGGCUGAUCACUACUGGUUACAACUUAGAAGAUGAUCGUUGUGAAUGUGUAGCACUCCAAGAUUUUAAGCCUGGAGAACAGAUUUACAUUUUUUAUGGCACUCGGUCAAAUGCUGAAUUUGUGAUCCACAGUGGGUUUUUCUUUGAUAAUAAUUCGCAUGACAGAGUGAAAAUAAAGCUUGGAGUGAGUAAAAGUGACAGGCUGUAUGCUAUGAAGGCAGAGGUCUUAGCUCGCGCUGGCAUCCCAACUUCCAGUGUGUUUGCCUUGCAUUCGACUGAGCCUCCAAUCUCUGCCCAGCUUCUGGCUUUCCUUCGAGUGUUUUGUAUGACUGAAGAUGAGCUGAAAGAACAUUUGAUAGGGGAACAUGCGAUUGACAGAAUCUUCACCCUUGGGAAUUCCGAAUUCCCUGUGAGCUGGGACAAUGAGGUGAAACUUUGGACAUUCCUUGAAGCCCGAGCAUCUCUUCUGUUGAAAACCUACAAGACCACUGUUGCAGAAGAUAAAUCCUUUCUGGAAACACAUGACCUUACCUGUCAUGCAACAAUGGCUAUUAAAUUGCGUUUAGGCGAGAAAGAAAUUUUGGAGAAGGCAGUUAAGAGUGCAGCUGCCAACAGAGAGUACUACAGCAAACAAAUGUCAGAAGGAGCUCUCCUUCCCAAGUACGAAGAAAGUAAUAUUGCCUUGCUAGAGAACACUGUCGCGGACUCGAGGCUCCCAAUCGUCUUGAGAAACUUGGAGGAAGAAACAGAGGAGCAAGAGGACUUAAAGAUUGAAGAAACAAUUGGUGCAGAAGUGGCAGAGAACGGCUUUGUGAAUGGUGACAGUGCUUUGCUUAAUGGGACCAAAUUGGAAAGUGAGAAUCUAAAUCGAGAGGAAGGCAGCAGAGAGACUGAAGAUGCCAAAGAAUCUUCUUCAGACAGUACUGAUGAGGUUAAAGAAUAGUCCUAAAAUAGUUUUGCCUUCAUUGUGAAAUUGAAAAACUAGCAGGUGUUUCUCUCCCCCCGAACCCCCAAACUUUCAAGCAGUGAUUUACAUUGGUGUGUUUCCUAACAUUUCUUUCUGCAGAAGAAAAUUGGGGUUUUUGUUUGUUUUUGCUGCUUUGUAAUAAAAAAAAAAGAUUUUUAAGUUAUUUAAAAGAUUUAGCAUCCCUUUCCUAUUAAGAUUGCCAUCUUGCUUUUGGGGAUGGUGUAGGAGGAAAAGGAGAAACCUUCAGAAAAAAUUGUGGCCCUUCAUUUGGGGAAAAGUGUUCUUUACACCUUGGGAAGAAGUCAGCUCUGUUAGUUGUCUUUCCAUUCUGUGCACUCUUACUUCUGAAAGGUGAAGUUUGCUGCGUCUUGCCAAAGGAGAGGGCAAGAGGCCGAUUUUGGCUGUUUUAUGUAAGCAGAGAACAGAGCACCAGAAAGAGUGGAUAAAAAGGAUUGCACAGGGGUGAAUCUUAGUCUGUAUAGAGCCUGGAAUACCAUUCCUUAUAAAGGUAAGGUGGCAAUCUUAUUUUCAUUAGAUUUCAGAUGUUGAUAAGAAUUCUAAUUACAGUUGUUUCUAAGAAUUUUGGUUUAUUUUAAUGGUUUUUGUUUACUGUACAAGAGCUUUUUGGUGUUUUAUUUUUCCCCCUCCUGAAUCAAAGUGCAUAACUACGGUACACUCUCCACUUCUAAAAUGCUGAUUUUUUUUAUGGCACUGUUUUAUUUCCGACACUUUAGAUGGAGAUGAAGAGGUUGGAAAUGGAUCUGCCAGCCCACAGCUUUAAACCACAUUAUUCAAAGUGAGGUUGUUCCUCAGCUUUCUUUCAGUUUUUCACAAAAAGCUAGAGAUUUUCAAAGCUACACUUUUGACUAAGAAAAAUUAUUAAAAGUAAAACUUGAUUUAA